UCUGGUCUCAAAAUGGAGGUAAAACAGCCGCCCGGCCGCCCCCAGCCCGACUCCGGCCGCUGUCGCCGCUGCAGGGGGAAGGAGGGUCAUGAUCCAAAGGAACCAGAGCAGUUGAGAAAACUGUUUAUUGGUGGCUUGAGCUUUGAAACUACGGAUGAUAGUUUAAGAGAACACUUUGAAAAAUGGGGCACUCUCACAGAUUGUGUGGUGAUGAGAGAUCCCCAAACAAAACGUUCCAGAGGCUUUGGCUUCGUGACUUGUUCUUGUGUAGAAGAGGUAGAUGCAGCAAUGUGUGCUCGGCCACAUAAGGUUGAUGGGGGUGUAGUGGAACCCAAGAGAGCUGUUUCUAGAGACGAUUCUGUAAAACCUGGUGUACAUCUAACCGUGAAGAAAAUUUUUGUUGGAGGUAUUAAAGAAGAUACAGAAGAAUAUAAUUUAAGAGACUACUUUGAAAAGUAUGGCAAGAUCGAAACUAUAGAAGUUAUGGAAGAUCGACAGAGUGGAAAGAAGAGAGGAUUUGCUUUUGUAACUUUUGAUGAUCAUGAUACAGUUGACAAAAUUGUUGUUCAGAAAUAUCACACUAUUAAUGGGCAUAACUGUGAAGUGAAAAAGACCCUUUCGAAGCAAGAGAUGCAAUCUGCUGGCUCACAAAGAGGUCGUGGAGGUGGCUGAGGCAAUUUUAUGGGUCGAGGAGGAAACUUUGGAGGUGGUGGAGGAAACUUUGGCCGUGGAGGAAACUUUGGUGGAAGAGGUGGAUAUGGUGGUGGUGGUGGUGGUGGCAGCAGAGGCAGUUAUGGAGGUGGAGAUGGUGGAUAUAAUGGAUUUGGUGGUGAUGGUGGCAACUAUGGAGGUGGUCCUGGCUACAGUAGUAGAGGGGGUUAUGGUGGUGGUGGAGGACCUGGAUAUGGAAACCAAGGUGGUGGAUAUGGUGGUGGUGGAGGAUAUGAUGGUUACAAUGAAGAAGGAAAUUUUGGUGGUGGUAACUAUGGUGGCAGUGGAAACUAUAAUGAUUUUGGAAAUUAUAGUGGGCAGCAGCAAUCAAAUUAUGGACCCAUGAAAGGAGGCAGUUUUGGUGGAAGGAGCUCAGGCAGUCCUUAUGGUGGUGGUUAUGGAUCUGGUGGUGGAAGUGGUGGAUAUGAUAGCAGAAGGUUCUAAAAACUCAACAGAAGAGGGCUACAGUUCUUAGCAGGAGAGAGAGCGAGGAGUUGUCAGGAAAGCUGCAGGUUACUUUGAGACAGUCGUCCCAAAUGCAUUAGAGGAACUGUAAAAAUCUGCCACAGAAGGAACGAUGAUCCAUAGUCAGAAAAGUUACUGCAGCUUAAACAGGAAACCCUUCUUGUUCAGGACUGUCAUAGCCACAGUUUGCAAAAAGUGCAGCUAUUGAUUAAUGCAAUGUAGUGUCAAUUAGAUGUACAUUCCUGAGGUCUUUUAUCUGUUGUAGCUUUGUCUUUUCAUUACAUCAGGUAUAUUGCCCUGUAAAUUGUGGUAGUGGUACCAGGAAUAAAAAAUUAAGGAAUUUUUAACUUUUCAAUAUUUGUGUAGUUCAGUUUUUCUACAUUUUAGUACAGAAACUUUAAUGAAAUGCGGUUUUGAAGGUGUUUCCUUGUUAGUUAACAAGUAGAGAAGAUCAUUGUUAAUUACUAUUUUGUAUGAAUUUUGCUAAAGUUAACUGUAAAGAAACACCUGCUGACUUGCAGUCUAAGGGGACUCUAUUCUCCCCAAACCAAACCAUAAUACCCAUUGAUACGAAUGGGAGUUGACCAGUGGAGAGAAUAGGUAUUUGUAUGUUUGCAAUGUGUGUUUUAGAUAACAACUAGGAUUGGGUAUUUAAAUUACUAUAUUUGUGAAUUAAUAGCAUUAAGCUUUAGCUUUCAAAUGAAAAUUUCAAAUUACCUUUUAGGUUGUGCAUAUAUUUUUUUUAAUUGUAUUUCUCUAUGAUUUAGUGUGUUAGCUCUGCCAAGUCCUAGUUGUGUUUAUUAAAAAGGUAAAAAAAAA